GACCGUCAACCACCAGUGUCCAGGUAUGCUUGCGCAAAUUAGCCUCCCUCUUCCCCUCGGAAUUUAUACGUGACUUUCUUUCUACUCGCAAAAUCUUCUCGCGAUCCACCAAUUCGCUAACAUCGACACCGCAGAAUUACGAUCUUCACGAUGGCCUCGAGACCGACCGUCACCAUCAUCGGCAAGGAUGGCUCCCCUUCGGGAGCCACCCACACAAUUCCUGCCGUCUUCUCCUCACCGAUCCGGCCUGACAUUGUCCAACAAGUCCACACCGGAAUAGCCAAGAACAAGCGGCAGCCGUAUGCCGUGAGCGAGAAGGCCGGCCACCAGACUUCAGCCGAAUCUUGGGGAACCGGUCGUGCUGUUGCCCGUAUCCCCCGUGUAUCUGGCGGUGGUACCCACCGCGCCGGUCAGGCCGCCUUCGGAAACAUGUGCCGUUCUGGUCGCAUGUUUGCCCCCACCAAGAUCUGGCGAAAGUGGCACGUCAAGGUUAACCAGGGCCAGAAGCGAUUCGCAACUGCUUCUGCUCUCGCCGCCUCCGCCGUCCCCCCGCUAUUGCUCGCCCGCGGCCACAGGAUCUCCACCGUUCCCGAGGUCCCUCUCGUUGUCGACUCGGCCGCUUUUGAAGGAGGCGCUGCUUCUAAGACUGCCGGUGCCCUUGCCAUCUUGAACGCUGUCGGUGCCGGCGCUGAUGUCGAGAAGGCCAAGAGGUCUAAGAAGCUACGUGCCGGAAAGGGUAAACUGAGGGGCCGCCGCCACCGCCAGCGACGCGGCCCCCUAGUCAUCUACGACCCUGAGGUUGACGGCAAGGACCUCGUCACCGGAAUCCGCAACCUGCCAGGCGUCGAGACCAGCUCUGUUUACGCCCUCAACCUCCUCCAGCUCGCCCCGGGUGGUCACCUUGGACGGUUCAUCGUCUGGACCUCGGCGGCUUUCAAGGCUCUUGAUACCAUCUACGGCACCACCACCAAGCCUUCUUCCCUCAAGAAGGACUUCCUCCUACCUUCCAACGUGGUUUCCCAGGCUGACCUAGGCCGUUUAAUCAACAGCUCCGAAAUCCAGAGUGUCCUAAAUUCUCCCAAGGGCGGUGCUCUGACCAAGCGUGCUGGUGUGCAGAAGAACCCUCUCCGCAACAAGCAGGUUCUGCUGCGCUUCAACCCUUACCACGCCACCUUUGUCAAGGAGAAGCUCGGAGAGCAGAAGGCGCAGGAUGCCAAACCCCCAAAGACUCCUCAGAGCUUCUCGGAGGUGUUAGGCGAGAAUUAGACUAGCUUGGUGAGCAGCAUAGUCUAAAAGGUGGAAAACGGUGCAUUAGUUGCUUUAGUAACGGCGGCGUAAUGGCUCAUAGGGACACGUGAAUCAAUGGACUUUUUUGAUCAGGUCUGAUCACCGCGGCUCCCCGCAACCCUUGUCCGAAUUCCAACCAAUCCGUGCUGUACUGUGUGUCUGCUUCCCGCGGAAGACCGAACUGCCUGACUUGAUUGUAUUCCAGCAUUAGGUCUCGCUGUGCGCUGAGGGCACUCGGAGUUAUCAUCUGUUUCAUUCCUGACCGUGCAGGCUAGUACUGGGCCAAUAUUAAAGAAACGAUGGUUGGCAAGCGCUAGUGUAGGGGAUGAAACCAGAUGCUACCUAUAUAUGCAAUAGGUAUAUGUAAUGUCGACGCAAUUACCGCCCCUUCGUUAGAUCGUGUAGAAAAGUCUGUAGCAUGGAUAUCUUUCUUGAAAUAUCGUGACCGCCGUCU